AACAGAAAACAUAGACGUCACGCAUCAUCUAAGACUAUUUAUCCUCACGACCAAGUUGAAGACCUUCCCGUCGUCCUUUCUACCCCUCGUAUCUUGCAUCAAUAAAUAUCGAAUAUCAUUUCUAAUCGAUCCUUGUACUACCUACCACAUUACCCCAGAAUCAUCAACAUCCGACCUCACCGCUUGUCCCAUCCAUCCACCAGUCGACCCAUAUCACGGCAAAAUCAGCCUACAAUACCGAUACCUGAUGAUUUGCCAGCUCACGCCUAACCAUUGACUGGUGAUGAAAUUUUGCGCAGCAACAUUCAUGAAAAAGAUCUUCCUUCGUCGUAAAUCAUCUAAUCACUUGAUUCACGAAUAAUAUUUGCAAUUUCUUACCUACCUACCGUAGCUACAUAUGCUUGCUCCACGCUCUAUCGAUGCGGACAGACAGCCAAAGAAAACGAAUGCGAUGCCAAAGCAAAGCAAAAGAUACAAAAACGUUCUCAUCUAGAUCUUAUUGAUUGAUUAUUUUCAGCAAAACCAGCCCGUACGAUAUCAAGAUAUCGAGAUAUCGAAAUUAUCUUUUUGAAUAUGACGCAAGAGAAACCACCGCAGCCAUCGCAAUCUCAAGAGGAGACUCCCAACGUGGAUCCGAAAGAGUUCUAUGGGUAUUUGUUUGAUGAGAAUAAGAGUCCGACGCCAGUACUAAAUGCGCUAUUGAGGGGUAUCGCAAAUUGUAUUGUAAGGAUGUUCAGUCCUGUAAUGCUCACCUUGAAUUUCAUGCUUAUAAUUAUCACAGAUAGAGAAUGUCGGGAGCAAAGAAGAUCAAUUCUUAACGCCAGAAAAGUUGGCACUUUUCUAUAAAGCUGUUGGUGGGAAUUACGAUUGUAAGUUUUUAGUGUUUGGCUUUUUGUUCCCGACGUCUUCCUUGUCUAUCCCCGAUUGCUUGCUAAUAGCUUCCGUGUCCCUACAUAGCUCUUUUUGUGGAGACUACACAUCCCUCGAUAUCUUGGAUUUAUGCCUCCAUAGGCUGUCAACAUACUUUGAACCCUACGAAAGAUGAUUUUGCGCCUCCUUCAAUACCGUGCCUCACGGUCCGAGGAUUUGUGCGAUGGCAAUCGAUAGAAAUACUUUUGGGACCCGAGGAACAUGUAUCUUUUAUCCAAACCGCAGUGCGAGAUUUUGAAAUCAAACACCCAACUACAGGAGAGAGAUUUCCAAUAGAUUUACCGAAAGAAGCUUUCCCAUUGGUACCCGACGCGGAGAUAGAAAAAUGGCACAGAAGCUGUGCAGAGAAAUUACGUCGGCGAGCAACUCCAGAUGAGGCACCAGAAGAGGCACCAGAAGAAGUACCGGAUGAACAAGAGGAAGUUCCCACACCAGACCUCCCGCCUAGACCCAAAGUACAAGCAACAUACGCUCACGUCCGACCUUCCCCCAGAAUUCCGGAUCCUACGCCAACCAAUGGUGGUAACUCUCGCAGCGGUUAUUUUGAAACUUCUACUCGUGAGCCGCCCGUCCGUGAAUCCUCUUCUCGUGAACCUUCCGCCCGCGAACCUUCCGCCCGCGAACCCUCCGCCCGCGAACCCUCCGCCCGCGAACCUUCAGCUCAUGAACCUUCCGCUCGUGAACCUUCCACCCGUGACUCUACUAGCCAUCGGGGCAGUCGACCUAUACCUUAUUCACACGUCUCCGCAUCUCGUCCUCAACGACCACCUCUCAAUCGAUCACCAACUCAUCGAGUUCGCCAGUUUCUCGCUCCAGAGGAACCAUACUCAACCCGCAUACCCCGAGGACGUCAUCGCAGUUUCCCCAAUUUAAGCUCACCCUCUCCAGAAGAUGGGCCCACUUCCCACGCCCACGCAUCCGCUUCGGAUCCUCACCAUCCACAUCACAAUGUCUCGGCACCAGAUCCUCCACGUCCUGCUCACCGGAGACAUAGUCAUCCUCGGCGAUCCCGCCAUGCACCGAUCGUCUCCGACACCUCGGAUUCUUCCAGCGUUACUAGCGUAACAUCGGGUUCUGAAGAUGAUACGUCCCCUAAAACUCGUACUAAUCCAUUAAAUUCAUCUACAAGCGCGAGGACAAUACCGAGACGCCCGCGAAGUACUUAUAUGCCACGAAGUUCUGGCCCGGAGAGUCCUCGAGCUUUUGCAUUCUCGUCCACAGCACCAGGUAGUACGAUGCCGUCCCCUAUUUCAGAUGCUAGGGAAAGGGAGAGAGAAAGGGAUAGACAGAGGGAUAUUGAGGAUAAAUUUAGACGUGGUCACUAUCCCACUAAUAUCGAUUUGAAUGGAAAUUUGAGCGCGCCGUUUUUGGCUGGAAGGAGGAAAAGAGAGGCGGAAAGGGCAACGAUUGAGGUAGAGGUGGAGAGAGACAGGGAAAGGGAGAGGGAUAGAGAGAGAGAAAAGUCAAGAAGUGAUAGUAGGGGUGGAGGAAUGGAGAUGGAAUGGAAUGGGGGUGAAGGAAGAAAUGGAAGGAGAGUGGAAGGAGAGGAAGGAUCGGAAGGGAGUGGAGGAAAGAGAUGGAAAGGAGGAAUGAAUGGAGAACGGAAAGGAUAGAAAGAGGAUGGAUGAAGGAAAAGGAUAGAGAAAGGAGGGAAAGAGGUAUAAGUCCAGUAAGAGGGGUUGAUGGGAGGAAAUAUCCCGAGUGGAGGUGAGAUUUUGAAAGUAGCGGAUUGUGAUUGUGUUUCUGUGUGCGGGAGUUUACAUGGAUUUGGUUGCAUAUGGGAUGGAUUGGAUUGGAUUGGGUAUGAGUAUUAGCGAGCGAACGAUUUGAAUGAAAUGAUGAAGUUAUGAUUAUGAAGUACUUUACUCUAUGAGAUGUUAUGUUUAGUCUGCUUAGCAUACUUAGCGAGAGAUACCUGGAUGGAUGGAUGUAUAGAUGAAUGAA